UCCUGGGCAGGUGGGGCGUGCCGGGCGGCACGUGUCCCCCGCGAGCCCUUUAAGGGCCGCGGCGCGGCGGAAGCGUGUGGCCGCAGUGGGCGCUCUCGGCGGGCUGCGUGGCCAUGGAGAUCGGCGCCGACGAGUUCGAGCAGAACCUGCCUCUGCUGCAGGAGCUCGUCCUGGGCGCGGACUUCGUGGGUCUGGACAUAGAGUUCACCGGCCUUCGUUCCAACCUGUCCCGAUCCCAGCAGAUCAGUCUUUUUGACUUGCCGUCUGACUGGUAUCUAAAGACCCGCCAGAAUGUUCAGAAGUUCACAAUAUGUCAGAUUGGAUUGUCUAUGUUCUCCAGUAUUGAAGGCGAGUCAAACAAGUAUGUAGCCCAUUCGUGUAACUUCUUUCUUUUCCCUACAACGUUUGGGACUUUGGAUUCAGAAUUUUCUUUCCAGGCUUCUAGUGUUCAGUUUUUGAAUCAGUAUGGCUUUGACUAUAAUAAGUUUCUCAAAAAAGGAAUCCCAUAUAUGAAUGAAGAGCAGGAGAAGAAAAUCACACACAACAUCCUGACCAGGAAAUGGAGGACCCACAGUUCUCUGGAUAAGGACCAAAUCAAGAUAGUGAUCGAUGAGGUGACACGAUGGCUGGACCUGGCAGAGGAAGGCGACUGGAUGACCCUCCCUGGUAUCGCUGGCUUCCAGGCCUUUGAGGUCCAGCUGGUGCUGAGGCAGGCCCUCCCCAAUGUGUGGACGGUGCUGACAGACCAAGGGGUGGUCGUGAAGAGAGUGAGCAAGCAACACCGCUGGUGUCUUGAGAACACCUCUUGUGGUCAAGAGGCCUCUUGGAAAGAGAAGAAGAUUCUUCUCUCUGCAAGGGGCUUCUCUGUGUUUUUCCAGAUGCUGGUGAAAGCCCAGAAGCCCCUGGUGGGCCACAACAUGAUGAUGGACUUGCUGUACCUCCAUGAGAAGUUGUUCCGGCCGCUCCCAGAAAGUUAUGAUCAGUUUAAGCUGAAUAUCCACAACCUAUUUCCUGUUCUCAUUGAUACCAAAAAUGUGACAAAGAAUAUCUGGAAGGAAAUGAAUUUCCCAAGGGUUUCAAGUCUGUCAGAAGUUUAUGAAGUCCUAAACAGUGACCUGAAUCCCACCAAGAAUUCUGGGCCAGUGAUCGUCCACGCUAGCAAGUGUGAAAAGUAUGUUGAGACAAAGUACCCCCAUGAGGCAGCCUACGAUGCCUUCCUCUGCGGAUCAGUUUUUCUGAAGGUAGCACACCUGCUGCUGUGGAGAGUGCACGGCGCUGGGGCCACACCUGAGCUCUCCUUCCCUCUGUACUUCGACGUGCUGGCUCCCUACGUGAACCAGGUCAACCUUAUCCGAGCCAGGGUCCCUAAGAUUAAUUUUUCUGGCCCAGAUUAUCCCAGUACCAGACCCCCCAUCCUCAUUCUCAGUGUCAGGAAGUGGCCUGGGGUCAGCGAGGAGCAAGUCUACCGUGAGUUUCAGAAUCUCUGUAAGUUCGACGUCCGGCGGCUCACGCAGAGCCAGUUCCUGCUCUUGACCAAUAAGUUUAAAGAUGCUCGGAGCAUCCUGAAGGAGUACAGGGGCCACCCCACCCUGCAGGUGUCCCUGUAUCGGUACUGGCGGCACUCCCCGAACAUCAACUGCCUGUUGCAGGUGUGUGGCGUCGUUGCCGCCUGGGCCCUUGUUGCGCUUCUGCUUGGAAGGCCUGGGCCCUGAGCACAGCCGCCUGCAGCCUCCGGCCUCCCUGCACCUCUCUGGCACAACUCUGUUUUGUUUUUCUGUGGGGUUUUGUGUAAAUCAUAUUCUACUUGCAGAUGGAUCUGUACAGGCCUUAGGAGGAAAUUUACAUUUUGAGUGUGAAAUUCUGUAAACAUUGUCAAUGAUAAAGAAAUCCUUGGGUAUGG